AACGUCUGUCCAUCAAACCAAGAUAACUCAAAGGCCUAAACUUUUCUCGCAUUUUCUCUCACCCAGCAUCCAAAGUCCUCUCCAAGGUAUCCGUAAUCUCUCAUUGCUCAAGGAAGGAAUUCCGGUCCUGGUCCACCGAUGACUAUGAAACUCAUUCACGCGGGUCCGACCGAUAUAUGGUGACGGGUUCCCAGGACUUGUCCCAUCUCAUAGACUGCAGUUGGUUUCGCAAGUUGCCUAUCAUUACUUACCAUCUACCGCUCGCUAUUCCUUCUUGGGCGACUUCACCUGGUCAUCCGGGCACAUCUCCUUUACCAAGCAAUUCCGACCCUCCAGGGACGCCCCACGCGCUACCCCUGUGGCGAGGAAGGCUCUCAUUGUCAAGCAUGUCCCGGCAUCUUUGCUUCGCCUCAUUUCACUUCGCUUUGCUUCAAUUUGCGACACUUUAUGAGUGGAAAGACAGCCUCAUGUUCCUUCCCUUCAGGCUCCAAUGGACUAAUCCGCUUUCCACACACGACCGUGCAGUUUUCAUUUCAUCCUGUUUUGUAUUUGCGUUGCCCAGCCUCGCGUUAAUGCCUUUCAUAUCCCCUCUUUCCUGACCUUGCUUCCAUCCCUUCUCGUCAUUUGCUCAUUCCCUCGCUCAUUCCGAGGUCUCUGGAGUUCUGUACCCCUCACUGCACCUUGGAGUUCUGAGACCCCGGGUGCUUUUCAUGUGUUACAUAUC